GAAAAUGGGUGAGGGUUGGGUUGGGUUGUGCCCAAAAAGGCGUAAAUCGAAGACUGAGCUCGGGCUUGAUACUUUUUCAUCAACGAAUAUCUGGAGGAAUUCUCUUAUCCAUAUUAUUCUAUUGUCAGCGCCAAUGAUUUUUAUUAAUUAGGAAAACUAUCAUUGGUUUCAUAUUCCCCCGUCUCGCUAAGGGAUUCUCCGAGUUCGAAAUAUAAAAUAUAUAUAUCAACAUGGUUGAGAGGAAAUUAUUCAAGACGAAGCUGUGCGUGUUGUAUCAGAAGGGCCGCUGCUCUCGCCAUAGUUGCUCGUUUGCGCACGGCAACUCGGAGCUCCGGGGAGUCUCCGGCUCCUAUACUGACCGGAUUGUGCUGGUCGGUUGGGUGGUUGUUUUAUCUCAACGACGACUGUGGUAUUUACAUGGGGAGCUUUAUCAUGGUUAUAAUGCACCCACAAAUCAUCAAACUAGGCGGGACAACCAUGGUAGUGACUUGAGGAAUAAGCUCGGUAGAAGGCACUCUCCACCACAAAGGUUUUCACCAGUGAGAGAUACAAGAGGCCGACAAAAACUUCGUGAGUAUAGCUCUUCCAUGUCACUUGAACGAACAAGAAAACGUAGGAAGAAACAACACUUUGAUGGCCAAGGUGAUUUUUCUGGGAGUUUGAGAAUCUCUGAGGGAACUGAAGAUCAGGUUAAAGAAGGAAAAACUGUGUCCGCCAAUCCCAGGGAUGUUCUUGACGAGCAGUUAGAGAAAAUGCAGUUGGAUAUUAACGUGCUUGAGCAUCGGAAACUUCAACUAGGGGUCUUUUUGGAAGAGAGGGUCCAAGAAGCGGAUAGUUUGACUUCUAGAAUUCAAGAGCUUGAGGUUCAAUUAUACAAAGAGAAAGAGGAAUGUAAAAGGAUCACCUCAAGAAUGAAGAAGUUUGUGAAGGCACAGAAUCGUCAUUCACGUAUACAAGAUGAACUGAAGAGAUCACAAGUGCGACUUCAGAAGUUGGGAGAUCAGCUUGGUUCAGAUAUUACUAAAAAUGUUGCCAAUGAAGAGGAUUCCAUAAAUAUUGUGAGUGAUGGAGAAACUGGUGGUUUUCCUGUAACCACUCCACACAAUGAGCUGCAGAAUGAUGCUUCUUCCGGCAAGAAAGGGCUUUGUGUUAAUCGAGAUCCUUCUAAAGGACCAAAACAAGCUGAUUUAACAAAAGUAGGACAUCUGGAGAAAACAAUCAAAUCCAAGAAGCUUUCUAGGUGGAAUCUGCAACCUGUUCAAUUAAAUGAAGGUAAUGAAAUUAAGGCAAUGAACAAUGGAAAUGACAGUGCUAAUAGCCUUGCAAAUGAAGGCAAGCAUAAACGAGGAAAAACUGUUCCUGCUAGCAUCCACACUGCAUAUAAGAUGAAGGGUUUGGAGUCAACACCUGUAGUACCACCAACCAGCAUGGCUGCUCAUGUAGAAGAUGAAGUUGAAAUUGAAUUGGAGGACAGAACUGGAGUGGUUGAAACUGCCACUACAGGAAUUGAGAAAGGACCCGCCAAUGAGAUCAUGGGUGUGCCAUUUCCACUUCCCCCGCCUCCUCCAAUCCGCCAGAAUAGUUAUUCACUGUAUAAGGGUGAUAAUGAGAACGUGGAUGUGGAUGGGCUCGAAGAAGAGAUUGUUAAUGUGGACACUAUUUGAUAUUUAAAUGUAAGUAUUAAGAAUUUUGAUGUUAUCUCAUUUUAGCUCUUUCUUCAUCUUAGUUCGUAUUCAUCAGCGGAAGCAUAGGGUAGCGAGCAUCAUGUACAAAGCUGGAUUCUGUGGAUGUAAUGAUUCACUUUGUUGGAUGUGUCAUUUUGUGGUUUCCAAUUUUUAUUUUGUCAGAGAGAUUGGUUGGCGUUC